CAUCUGGAACACGCGAGACGACAAUCCGUAAACUCCUGCACCGUGCAAGCUCCGUGUUGGGUGCUCACCCUAUUAUCAUAAUAUAGUAAAUAAAUAACAAAAUAAAAAUCUUACAAUGUGUGAGGUUGCCAUAUUCACACUGUUCCUUAUUUAGCCCUAAUGCAUAACAUUUUAAUAGUUUCUUUUAAUAAGAAUUCUGAAUAAUAAAUUUAUGACGGCUAUUUGACUGUAUAAUUUUACUAUCGAACAUAAUUUGUGCAAACUCCGGUAGGGAACUUGGGUAUCGUCGGCAUGGCAGUAUUGAUCAAGCGCGGCGGGGUGGAGCUCGAGGCUCGAGGCAGUAGGUCGUGGCGGCUGACGCCGGCAUGUCGUCGGGCGGUAGCUCGGCGCGACCGAGCGCGGCGCCGGCGCGGCGGGAGUGCACUGCGCAGGCGCGGCCGCUGCACGCGCGCUCCUUCAAGCUUCGUUUCGCGCCGCAGCGCGAGCCGGGCCGCUCGUACGUGUCGCUCGUGAAGCCUUUCGCAUUGCGUCAGUUCCUUUUAGCGGCGACGGUGACGGACAAGUUCUACACGCGCCCGGAGUGCGAGGGUGAUGCGGGGGUGGAGGAGGGGACGGCGCUGCAGCGCAUCCAGGACAUGUUCACGCUCGGGCCGCGGGACAAGCACGUCGCGCCGCUCACCUCCGCACACGUGUCCGUCUCUAAUGUUUAUUGUAAUAUGUUUAAUAUCACAAGUGCGAUUCAUAACCAGCAAAGUAACAAUAUGUGCUACAGAUACGGAUGGUGGUGGGACCAGAUAUCAACACUGGAGCAAGUACCGCGCAGCGAUCGACGACUGCACCACCACAUACACGACUCACAGUGGCUGAAGGAAUGCCUGCGAGUGCUCGCCGCCGACGAUAAACUCAAGCAAAAAUAAGUGCUACAUGACUUGUAUAAGUUAUUUAUGUAAUAACAGUAAAUAAUUGAUUUAUGUAAAUGAAAA